CUGAUGUCUUUGAAGCGCUGUCCAGUUUCCCAGGAGCUUUGCAUACACCUCGCUGCAGCUUUCGGAGAGGACAGGGAGCAUAAAUGUCCUGAAGAAGAAAGACUUCUGGGUCAGAGCAGUCCUGGGAUGGUGGGGGCUGCUCUCUGAAGUAUUUGGCAUUUAAAUCUUAAGGGGAAACUCUGGGCUUUAAAGAAUUCUCAGAAAGGUGGAGAUGUUUCUUAGGAUUGGAAGUGCUUGAAGGAAAGCCUUCGUUCACCAGUCUCUGACCCUGAUUCGUUCUGUACUAAUCUCCCUGAACUUGGCACCCCUCUCUGCAGUUGUGUAACUUGAAACGUCAGGGUUCUGGAAGAGGUGGCACUACCAUUCCAAAUGUUUUCUGGAACAACUGUCUCAGUAGUUGAGGAAAUUGAGCUACUGAAAAGUCAUAGGUUGGACCCGAAUGAGAAGCGUGGAGGCGGUGAUUUCCUUGUGAAGAGUCGGGCCUCAAGGGCCUUCAGACACUGGACUUCCAGUUAAGGAAUAAGGGCACGUGAAGCCAAGUCAGUGUCUCUUCAGGUGCUUGUCAAUCCUCAGUGAUGUCUUAGCAUUGCCCAUUUUCAAGCAGGAAGAUUCCAGCCUUCCAUUGGAUGAUGAAACAAAGCACCCGCCCUUUCAGUAUGUAAUGUGUGCUGCAACGUCUCCAGCAGUAAAACUGCAUGACGAAACGCUCACUUACUUGAACCAAGGUCAGUCUUAUGAAAUUCGGAUGCUGGAUAAUCGGAAAAUGGGAGAUAUGCCUGAGAUCACUGGAAAAUUGGUAAAGAGCAUCAUAAGAGUUGUAUUCCAUGACAGACGGCUACAGUAUACAGAGCAUCAGCAACUUGAAGGUUGGAAAUGGAAUCGCCCAGGAGACAGACUUCUAGAUUUAGAUAUUCCAAUGUCUGUGGGAAUAAUUGACACAAGGACAAAUCCAAGCCAGUUAAAUGCAGUUGAAUUUCUAUGGGACCCUGCAAAACGCACAUCUGCUUUCAUUCAGGUACACUGCAUCAGCACAGAAUUUACUCCACGGAAGCACGGGGGUGAGAAGGGAGUGCCUUUUAGGAUCCAGGUUGACACCUUUAAGCAGAAUGAAAAUGGAGAAUACACAGAUCAUCUACACUCAGCUAGCUGCCAAAUCAAGGUUUUUAAGCCUAAAGGUGCAGACAGGAAACAAAAAACUGACCGAGAGAAGAUGGAGAAGAGAACUGCUCAUGAAAAAGAAAAGUAUCAGCCAUCCUAUGAUACCACAAUCCUCACGGAGAUGAGGCUUGAGCCUAUAAUUGAAGAUGCAGUUGAACAUGAGCAGAAAAAGUCCAGCAAGCGGACUUUGCCAGCAGACUACGGUGAUUCUCUGGCAAAGCGAGGCAGUUGUUCUCCAUGGCCCGAUACCCCCACAGCCUACGUGAAUAACAGUCCUUCCACAGCACCCACUUUCUCCUCCCCACAGCAGAGCACCUGCAGUGUCCCAGACAGCAAUUCUUCUUCCCCAAAUCAUCAGGGAGAUGGAGUUUCACAGACCUCUAGUGAACAACUUCAGCCAUCAGCCACCACCCAGGAAACACAACAGUGGCUGCUCAAAAACAGAUUCUCUUCCUAUACAAGACUGUUUUCCAAUUUUUCAGGUGCCGACUUAUUAAAACUGACAAAGGAGGAUUUAGUACAAAUUUGUGGUGCAGCCGAUGGAAUUCGGCUCUAUAAUUCACUGAAGUCAAGGUCGGUUAGGCCCCGCCUAACCAUCUACGUCUGCCAGGAGCAGCCAAGCAGCACACUGCUGCCAGGGCGGCAGCAGGCUGCGGGCAGCGGAGGCGAGAAUGGCAGUGGGACACCCUACGUUUAUCAUGCAAUCUACUUGGAAGAAAUGGUUGCCUCAGAAGUCGCUCGAAAACUUGCAUUGGUGUUUAAUAUUCCUUUUCACCAAAUUAACCAGGUUUACAGACAGGGUCCCACUGGUAUUCACAUUCUUGUCAGUGAUCAGAUGGUUCAGAACUUUCAGGAUGAGAGUUGUUUUUUAUUCUCCACAGUAAAAGUUGAAAAUAGUGGUGGUAUCCACAUAAUUUUGAAGUGAUGUCUUAUGUAGUCUGAACUAUAUUCAGUACCAAAUAAAGUCACGCUUAAAAGUGUGUGAAGACUGAAUCCAAGAAGUCUCGGGAUUGGAUUUUAAUGUAUGAAAUGUUUCAUAUUGAAAACACAAGAUGACCUUUCUAAUGAGCUGUAUGAGAGGUGAAUUUCCUCACUGUCACUGCCAUAUCCAAGCAUCCUCGUGAGAGGCAGCACGUCGGGGCAGCACGUGUGCAGCUCUGGGGGCCACGGUGCAGGCAGGGCUGCCUGCUUCUCUGGCAGAAGCCAGCAGAUAAUACAGUUCCUAGAAGCAGCCUUUGCUGUCUUGUUACACUGUAUGCGGUUUGGAAAUGAAUGUAAAAACGUACUGUGGGCAUUUACCUUUCUGUGCCAGUCUGGCUUUUAUUGCCUGGACCUUCUGCUGACUUGGGGCGGGGCUGGGGACAGUGCUGUUUGGAGCCAGCGUGGAACCUGUCUGCGGAGAGCUGUGAUGUGCUGAUCCGGUGACUGGUGGUCAGGUAAGAGGCUUGGCACCUUCUCAGAAGAAAUCAUGUCUAAGGGAGUGCAUCGGAUGUGAUCGUGACAGAUCAGGGAAGAGCCAAGCCGGAAGACGGGCUGUACGCAAGCUGCAUUAUCAACAGUACCUUGGUGAGAGGAUCAGUGUAAAUCCUAAUAGGUACAAAGACUUUGGUGUUUUUGCUUUGUCACAGAUUUAUUGAAAAACUUUUUGCUUCUGCUUCCAUUUUUAGCAUUUUGUUUCUGAUUUUCAUUUUUGAAGCCCCAUUGCCUUUAAAAUUAUGUGGUUUUCUUUUUCCUCCAGCCCUCUGUCUUCAUCCGCCCUUCCCAACCCACCCCACACCAUCCCUUUCUUAAACAUUUUUAAAGCCCUACCCCAGACAUCGGAAAUGGGUGACCUAAGCAAGGGGAAAAAGGAUAAUUUCUGACUUGAUGUUAAGGGGUCUUCAUUAUCAAGCUGAAAUUAUUCUUAAAACACUAGACAUCAUAAAUCAAACACUAAAUUGUACCAUGAAAAUUCCUUACACUUCUCAAGUAUUGAGCUUUAGUACAAAUCAUGGGUAAACAUUCUGGUGAUUAUUUAAAGGCUUUUUUAUACACCACAUAAUAGUUUCUUCUAUAAAAAGAGUGCCUCUUUCACAAAACCAAAUGCUUGUCUGCCAGUACUCUUUUCAAAGGGAAUCCACUGUUUUUGUAAUUUUUCUUAUAUAUUUAUCACUUCCCUUCACCCAAAGCCAUUCGCAAAAUUCAUAAGCAAGCAUUUUUGAGGCCUGUGGUGUAGCACACCCAAUUUUCCUUUAAACUUCAAUUCCAUUUUAAUUAUAGCAUCUCUGUCCUUUUACCCACCCAGGUGUCUUGGUUUUGAAUGUAUUAUUUGAUUCUUAUCUUUGUUCAGGCAGCAAUAGGAAUUUUUGAGUUUCAGAUCUCUCCCAGAAGAUAAACUACUUCAGUGGGUAAAUGCUUUGGCAUUUGAUGUUUUAUUCAUAAAGGGGGUGACUUUUAAUACGAAGAAGCACUGUCUCUAAAUAUUUCCAUCUUAGGCACUCUUAUAGACCCCAAAGCAGGAGAGCGUUGCUUUCUGUCGUUUUCCCUUCGCUUUAGUAUGACCACAUGUUUUCUGUACCAAUCACUUGGGAAAGAAGUGAGCUUCUCAGUUGUUUUAGAGUUUUGCUUGUCUAUUUAGCAUUCCUUUUUGAGUCUUGAGAUAUAUGGAACAAUAAAUGUCAUUUAAUGCUGA